CAGCAUCACUGUCAUUUUUUAUGAGAAACCGAAAAAGUCCCAAGUGGUGCUUUUUAUUUGCGUGUUUAAUUAAUUUGAAAUAAUUGAUUAUAUUAUUUUGUGUUUAUAAAAAGUACAGUUCUUUUGUAAUUAGUCAUCGGCAUUCAUUCAUGCUUUAACCAAACUGUAUUUAAUUUAAAAUGUCGGUAAUGAUUAGAAACUUAUGUAAAGUAUCCCAAAAUUUUGGAGUAUUACAUACUCUAAGUAACAAUAGUCCCAAGAAUGUUUUUAUACAGAAAAUAAGAAGAUCAAAUACGGAUGUGGCUAAUUUGUUGAAGUCACAAAGAUUAAAAAAGAAAAAAGAAUCAACGGAAGUGUUGAAAUGGAUAUUGAUGAUGAUUCCAGUGACCUCAUUUAGCUUGGGUUGCUGGCAGGUGUACCGAUUGCAGUGGAAAUUGCAGCUCAUAGAUAUUAUGCAGGCAAAGACCAAUGCUAAUCCAGUCAACAUGCCGAUGGAUUUUGAAAUGUUGCAACAAAUGGAGUAUAUGCCAGUAAAAGUACGGGGCGAGUUUUUACAUGAUAAAGAAUUUUGUAUUGGACCUAGAGCACUAAUUGAAAAUGAUGAACUCCUAUCACGCUCUAAUUCACUAGUUUCAGACCCCAAGAAGAAUCAGGGCUGGUUGGUUGUCACACCCUUUAAACUGGAGGAAAACGGGGAAAUAAUAUUAGUUAAUCGGGGAUGGAUACCCCAAAGUCAAAAGCCAAAGGAGAAGCGGCUUUCAUCAUUUAUCAAAGGUCCUGUGGAACUAGUUGGUGUUGUACGAUUGACAGAAAAGCGCCCACCUUUUAUGCCUAAAAAUAAUCCACAAAAAGCUGCUUGGUAUACUAGAGAUUUGGAACAAAUGAGCAGUCACAUUGGAUGUUCACCAGUGUGGUUAGAUGCUCGAGGCGUACCUGAUCCGCCACCAGGCUGGCCUAUUCCUAAUCAAACUAGGGUUAACCUAAGAAAUGAACAUUUAUCAUACAUUGUUACUUGGUACUCCCUUUGUGGUUUGACUGGGUUUAUGUGGCAUCGUUACUUUAUCAGGAAGUUGCCAUUGUUAUAAUGUAUAAAUAGUGAUCAUUAAUAUUUAAAUGUGACUCUCAAUUUUAACUUAUUAAAUGAAAUUGUUUAAAAUGUAUAUAUAAAUAUUAUAAUACAGAUAUGUUAAGCAUG